AGAGUCUCUUUUUUUUCCUACUUUAUUCAGCUUCAAGGGCGUUCAGCCGAGUUGGCUCUGCCCGGCCGGGCACUGGGGGCUCUGCAAGGGCUUCAGGAGGGGGCACAGGAAGAUCCAGAGUCGUUAGCUCGUGUUUCCAUUUGACAUUUUUUGGUGAUUAUGGAUUUACAAAGGGAGUUCUUCAUCCUAGUGGAAAGACUAUGCAAAGGAAUCCGUCAGGAAUUUGCUGCUGAAAACCACCCAGCGCUGGCGCACCGGGACAAGGAAGUCGGGAGCAGCCGCGGCGCGCUCGGCCCGGCGGGGUGGCUGCUGUAGCUGCGGGGCGCUGCGGGCUCGGCGCGCCGGGAGCCGGGGCGCAGCCCGCCGGGUGCGGAGCCCCGCGGGGACCGCUGGCCCAGGCCUGAGCCCGGGUCAGUGCCGUGACAGCCCCUCUUGUGCGACGGACGCUGCCGAGAACUUUUUUUACGGUGGGUGGUUGGCUGCUCCCUUGGCGGAGCGGGGAGCCCCGAGGGCCGGGGCGGAAGGGGCGGCCCGGCCGGGAGCGCGGGAGGCCGGCGGGCUGCGCGGGCCGGGCCGGGCCGAGCCGGGCCGAGCCGGGCCGGGCCGGGCCAGGCCGCCUGUUGCGCCGGCAGCAGCCCCGCCGGCAGCCUGAAUGCGCGCAGUGAGAGUUUGCUCAGCAGUCGGCAGCACUGCUGGAAGAGAACCUACUCUCUACUUCACGCAACAUGGAAGAACAUAAUGGGAUGCCUGACUGUGGUGAGCUUUUAGACCUGAAGAACUCACCAGAGAGUGACCCUGACUCACUCACUACAUUUUCUGUGAAAACACUGUUUGGAUUUACAACUAAGUUUGAAUCUGCAGCUCCCGAGGAAGAAACAGUGCUUAAAGCAUUUCAACCUUUGCACAUUAAUAUAAAUACUCACGCUGACACCUGGCAUGAGAGGAAUGAUAAUGGAUGUAAUGAGGACUCCGAAAAUCAGCACAGCGUGGAUAGGACCAGUGGCCAAGCUGACCCAAUGUCCGACAGGCAAGCAGGCCUGGAGCUGGAGUUAGCUGACCAAAAUGAAUUACUUCUUCAGCAUCUGAGGUUUGUUCAGACUUCUUUGUCUGAAUCGGACAAUGAGGACAAGGAUGCUAUUAUUGUGCAAGGUACUUUGGUUCAUACAACAAGUGAUACAGAAUCGGACACGGAGAAUAAGGACCUAGACACGGAUGAGAACAUUGCAAGCAAAUAUGAGCUAAAAAAUGCUGCUUUGUCUGCUGAGGCCUUGGACAAUAGCAAUGAAAAUAAGGAAGAGUCAGAAUCAGAAGGGCACAGCAACAGUGAUGACCCUGUGGAUACAGAUGACACUGAGUUACACCCACCAUUCUCUACGCGGCUCCCAAAAGAGCUGGAUGGUAUUCUACAGUACGACUCCAAUGGAAAAGACAAAAUGUUAAUGGAUGAGCAAUUCACUCGUUUGCUUGCUACAGGGGAAUGCCCUCAAGAACUUUCAGGUGAAGAACAUAGACCUUCCGUUGAUAAUAUAUCACUCCAGAAAACAGCACUGGCUGAAAAGACUUUCCAGCUGCCUGCUUUCUUUAGUGGACUACGUGUGAAGAAAAAGGGACUGACCUCAGAAGAUGGGGAAACUGUGACAGAAAUUAAACCGCGGGAGAAUGAUUUAGCUCUGCUUAAAUUACGACAGCCUGUUAAGAAAUCCAGUAUUGCAUCAGGUUUGACCAUUAAAAAAAAAUCAUCUGAACCUAAAGCAAAUCCCACGUUCCUAGAACAGCUCUCACACUUGUUAAACAUAGACGUCUCCAAGAAUGAAGAUAGAACUGAGGACUCUGGUGGGGGAUCUGGGGAGACCGAGGACAGUGAUGAAGCUCAAGAGAACAAAGCCUCCAGCAAAAGAGAACCACGAUUUCCCUCUGAGGAGAUAAAAUCAAGCCCUGCUGAAUCUGCACUGGACGCCUUUAAAGCCUUGUUCACGCGACCUCCCAAGAAAGAAACAACUGCAGAUCCUUCAGAACUGGAAGCCCUAAAACGCAAAAUGAGAAAUGAAAAAGAGUCCUUGAAAGCUGUAUUUGAAAGGUCAAAAUCAAAACCUGGGGAUGGACCAUCAGACAAAUCUCCUGACCUGAGUCCCUCAGAGCAAGAUGACAAGACUCCAGGGAGACUCCAGACUGUCUGGCCGCCACCAAAAGCAAAUGAUGAAGAAGUAAAAGUAGGAUUAAAGUACACAGAAGCAGAGUACCAAGCUGCCAUUCUGCAUUUAAAGAGGGAACAUAAAGAAGAAAUCGAAACAUUAAAGUCUCAGUUUGAACUCAGGGUAUUCCAUAUUCGUGGAGAACAUGCUGUCUCAACUGCUCAGCUUGAGGAAACCAUUGCACAUCUGAAGAAUGAACUUGAUAAUAAAUUAAACAGAAGAAAUGAAAAAGCAAAGGAUAUUGGUGUUUCUACUGAAGAUGAUAACCCACCAAAAGCAUACCGAAAUGUAUGUAUACAGACUGACAGAGAAACUUUCAUAAAGCCUAGUGAAGAAGAAAACAGAGCUGUGAAAAAUAACCAAAUAGUACCCAAAAAGCUUAAUAUUUCUUCUUUGACACAUAGUAUAUCUGCCCAAAGUGAAAAUAAGGACAAUUACAAUGUACAGUCAUCAGAAAGUGUCUUGUCUUGUCAACCAAAGCAAAUGCUGCCUCCUCCUCCUCCUCCUCCACCGCCACCGCCACCUCCUCCCCUUCCCGAGUCUUCACUGUCCGCUGUAGUUCCUCCAGCGCCACCUUUGCCAGUGGGUCCGACUUCACUGGCACACCACUUUGGAUCUGGUCCUCCACUGCCACCUCCACUUUCUGAAGGCUGUAGGAAUUCUCAAGCACCACCACCACCACCACCGCUUCCAGGGCUGGGACCUCCUGUUCCUCCUCCACUGCCUGGAUCUGGGUUACCUCCACCCCCUCCACCUCCUGGGCCUGGGUUCUUUUUUAAUAGCACUUUAUCUUCAAACCAAGGUCCUCGAAAACCUGCCAUUGAACCUGGCCGUCCCAUGAAGCCUUUGUACUGGACACGAAUACAACUGCAAGACAACAGGAAAACUGCUAUGCCAACAUUAUGGGAAUCACUGGAAGAACCUGAUAUACUUGACACUACUGAGUUUGAAUAUUUAUUCUCCAAAGACACCACUCAGGAAAAAAGAAAACCAUUAUCAGAGACUUAUGAAAAAAAAACCAAGGCCAAAAAGAUUAUCAAGUUGCUGGAUGGAAAACGAUCUCAAACUGUAGGAAUUUUAAUAUCAAGUUUGCACUUGGAGAUGAAGGAUAUUCAACAAGCUAUAUUGUGUGUUGAUGACUCCGUAGUAGAUCUGGAGACACUGGAAGCCCUAUAUGAAAAUAGAGCACAAAAGGAUGAACUGGAGAAAAUCAAGCAAUAUUAUCAGACUUCAAAAGAGGAGGAACUGAAGCUUCUGGAUAAACCAGAACAAUUUCUCUAUGAGUUGUCUCAGAUCCCCAACUUUGCAGAACGAGCUCAGUGCAUUAUCUUCCAGUCGGUUUUCUCUGAAGGGAUAACCUCAGUGCACCGGAAGGUAGAUAUCGUGACUCGUGUUUCCAAGGCUUUGCUGAGCAUGAAAAGCGUAAAGGAAAUUUUGGGUCUGAUUCUGGCUUUUGGAAAUUAUAUGAACGGAGGGAAUAGGACCCGAGGUCAAGCUGAUGGGUUUGGUUUGGAAAUACUCCCCAAACUGAAGGAUGUCAAAAGCAGAGAUAAUGGUAUUAAUCUUGUGGAUUAUGUCGUCAUAUAUUACCUACGCCAUUGUGAUAAGGAAGCAGGAACAGACAAGAGUAUUUUUCCUUUACCAGAACCACAGGAUUUUUUCCAGGCCUCCCAAGUUAAAUUUGAAGACCUAAUAAAAGACUUAAGGAAACUGAAGAGAGAUCUAGAAGCCUCUGAAAAGCAGAUGAAGUUAGUUUGCAGAGAGUCUUCUGAAGAACAUCUCCAGCCCUUCAAGGAGAAAUUAGAGGAAUUCUUCCAGAAAGCUAAAGAAGAGCGGAAGAAAGAAGAGAACAGUUUGGAAAACGCUCAAAAAUGCUUUGAAGAAACAGUGGGGUACUUUGGGAUAAAGCCCAAGCCUGGCGAGAAGGAGAUCACACCAAACUACGUUUUCACGGUGUGGUACGAAUUCUGCAGUGACUUCAAGACCAUUUGGAAACGAGAGAGCAAAAGCAUUUCCAAGGAACGAAUUAAAGUGGCUCAGCAAUCAGUGAGCAAGUUAACUGCGGAGAAGAAAGUUGAAACGAAGAAAAUCAAUCCUACAGCUAGCCUGAAAGAAAGACUACGUCAGAAGGAAGCCAGUGUGACGGCUAACUGAAAGGAGAUGAAUAAAAACAAUGGAGUGAUUUCAUACCUUGCCUGAUGCUUUACUACACCAAUAGCCCAGGAAGCACCUUAUGUUACAUACUGAAUUCUGCUUUGCUGAUCUGUCCUGAGACAAUCCAUUAAAGACUUUUGAGUUCCUUCAGAGGGGUUUGUAUGUUCAGUGGAGGGAAAUUCUAAGAAGGUUUUUACAUGGGAAGUCAUCUUUUUUUCUGUAACUCUUCCUUACAUUGCUUAAAAUGCAUCUUGUUGUUAAUGGUUAAUUAAAAUAUUCUCUGCAUAAUGUAUUAAUAUGGAAGAGCUAAAACGAGCAUUUUGGAUGCUGAUUUAAGUAAUGACUAACAACCUGUAGGUUAUUUACAGGGCUUUAUGUAGAUGAGAGCAAAUAUGCCAUUCAGUUCACAAAGGUCUAUUGCAUCAUAUUUUUUGUUACUUCAGCAGUCACUGAGGUAAAAUUGACUUAUUCUAAAUAAUUUUACAGUGUCUAAGUAUUGGAUGCAUCUUUCUAAAACUGAUUAAAUGUAAUUAUAGAUUCAUGCUGUAUUUUACUACAGAUAUUUUUAUAGAAGCUUCAUCUUAUGCCAUUCAUUGAAGUGGGAGUAAUAUUUUGCACAUAAAAAGGAAUAUUAAAAUCCUUUAGUUUUAUGAUUGAUGGCAUAACUGAUUUAUUAUUUUUAUGGUUUUAAUCUAAUAUUUCCUAAAUUUUGAGCUUCAAAAGAAAAAAUUAUAAAAUGUAUAUUUUAUUUCAGUAUAUAUUGCAAAUAUCAAUUCCAUAAAGUGAUGAGUUUAUAGGUCAUUAUUCAUUAAGAUACAAAAAUAUCUCUCCAUGAAGAUAAGAAUUUGCCAUUAAAUAUUUGAAUUUUAAUUCCAUUGAAAGCUUUCUUUUUAACAGCAAGUAUAGCACUCUAAAAUGCAUUAUGCAGCCUGCUCUUGUCCCCCUAGAUUUGUAUGAAGAAAGUGUCCAGCAUACCUAUAUUUUAUAUAUGUAUAUAUACAGAUAAUAUAAUAAGUAAAACUUCAGAAAGAAAUAACAGGAUCUUGCUAUCUUGCUUAACAUUAUAACCAUUGCCAUAAAGUGGCAGAGCCUGAAAAUAACUGUCCUGAAUAUCCACCAUUACUUGAAGAUUUUUACUGCAUUUUAAGGAUUUGGAUUCUUAGGAGGAGAAAUCUUGAAGCAGAAGUUAAUUUAAGGUAAAACAGAAAAGUGAUUCUGCUUGCUAUCCACAAGGGAGAAACUGACUUUAUGAUAAUGGUGCAUGAAGUUGGUUACAAAGAGAGAUUAGGUGAAGGGAAAAGGUGCAAAAAGCUGGUAGGGGAAAAACAUUAGUCCUUUGCUUUGAAACUGGACAGAAUAUACAUGAGACAGAUAUCAGUUAUCAUACAGCACAUUUGAUAGAGAGACUGAGAUGAAACCUAGGCAAAGUCAUCCCUAGCAGUCAUCAGAAGCAUCCCUACACAUGCAGUGUACAUUUAUAUUAAGGAAAAUAGCAGUUGUGGAGACCCAUUCAUAAAUUAACUUUCAAUGCAGGUUUCUUAAAUUGGUAUAUCUCUCAUUCCUGCAUGAAUAAAAACAAAGGACUCAAGAGUCUCUUGUAUGUUUGGGAGUUUCUACCUGCUGCAGAUAAUACUCAAGAUGUGUAAGCAUAAUUCUUAUGAAAGCAGUCAACGACAUGCCAGCAAAAAUAAUCUGAUUUGUAGUUUGACUAGUCCCAUUGCAGAGAAGAAAAAAUUCCAAAGAUUUAAGUUUCCUGUCUUCCAUUAACUAGGUGAGGUACAUUUUUUUUCCAAUACUAUUAGUGAUAAAUAAGAGGAGCAAUAAUGUCUGUAAAAGCCAAAGAACAAUAGCAAGCAAGGCAAUUUUAAUGAGUGUUUAAGCAAACAGUGUUUAUUUUUAUAUAGUUUUCUAUCUAUCAUGAAGAUAGUGUAUAUUGCCAUUUGAUCUGAUGGAGAGUUUUUCAAUGAAAAAUGCAUUACUUAAAGUAUUAUUCAACAGAAGCAGCACUGUUUGUGAAAAUGGAUGGUCUUGAAAAUUCCCAUUAGAAGUAUAUUGUGGAAAAAAGGUUUUAACUUAUUGAAAUAUCCUGUUUCAAAAUUUCUAAAUGUGAAUUUUCAUUUUUCAGUUCAAAUUGACUUCAUUUUUAAAUGUUGAAAAAUGUAUAUAAAAAGGGAUUAAAAUUAUUCAUUUAAAGCAUUCCUUGAUCAGAUUUAUAAUUCUUUUAUCAGAUUAGCAAUUUGCCAAGGUUUUGAGAAUAAAGGCUAUUUUUUGGAAGAUUCAAAAACCUAUAUAGCACAGGGACCUUGUUUCUUCCUAAUUUUCAAUUGUAUUGAUUUUCUUUUCAAGUCAGAGUUUCUGAUUCCAGCUUCACCCAUGACUUAAAUCCUCUGCUAGUAAUUAAACUAUUUUUAAAUUAAAAGAAGAAAUCACCUAGAUUAUUUGAUUCAUUCUCUUAAUCAAGACUUUAAGACUCCUGGAUGGAAUUCAUCAGCUAAAUAUCAUACUUUCCUCCCUAGUGAUACCCACAAUUGGCUUCAGACAGUUAUUGAAGCCACAGUGGUACACCUGCUGGUUUUAACUAAAAUUGUGUAUUGGAGAGGAGAUAUUUACAGAUAUAGGUCUACAUAAGUUGUUUAUUUAUGAAAUAUUUAGACACUUCAGGCGUAAUAAAUAUGCAUCAGCAAGCAUUCAUCUGUGGGGUCACCAAGUGUCACCAAACAUUAUGUUUUAAGCUUUAAGCUUUAGUUUGAUGCCUCACUUUACCUUGAGCUUCCUAGUUUGAGGAAAAUAAAAGGAUAGAAGGACAAAAGAAAGAAACUACAAAGAUGGAAUGGAACAGAAGUCUCCGGUACACGUCUACGUUGCUGUCAAGAAACUAAAAGAGUGGACUCAAAUUAAGCCAAGCAGCAGUAGCUAGACAGUUAAAAUUUUCUGGUCUAUUUAACUUAAAAUACCUCAACACUUCACAGAAGUCACUUCUGUGACUGUGAAGUAGAUGUGGUUUAAGAGGAGGAAUUUUCUGUGGUUUUGUUUUAAUUUCUUCUGUUACUGCCAAGCUUCUCAAAGACUGUAAAUCAAAGCACUAUUAAAGCCCAUGUUACUAAUUAGGGGCUUAUUACCUACAAUAAAAAUAUACAGUACUGAUUUAUAAAUUGAAUUAUUAGGAUGAAUUCAGUGUAGAUGAGUAGAUAAUAAUCUGGAAAGUGCUCUUUACAUUAUUUACAUUUCCACUUGUUGACUUAAAAAUGGAAGACCUUUUAGUGUCUUUGAGAUCUGACAAUAUAAAUUAUUUUUUCAUUAUGUUUUUACUAAACUAUGAGAAGUACCCAGGUGUUUUGCUGUCACUAACCCAUGCAAUUGUUUUGCCUUGUGUUUUAUCACAGGGUUGUAAAUGUAUAGAUUGAAUAUUAGACUUUUAUAUUUAACUGAGAAUUUUUUGCAUCAAAACAGAAACUAUGGUCUUCAGUUUCUGUAUAUAUAGAAAAAUCAAGUAGAAUGGGUGGAAUAUUCAGUAAGCAGAGAGAAAAAAUAAUUGAGCAUCUUAAAUCUUGUAGGAGGGAUACAUUUUUUGUAAGAUUUCAAGAUUUCUGAAUUGCUGAGGAUAUCUUCUCCAACCAGAUAUAAACAGCCAGGGUAUCUCUGGCCAGUCUAUUUUUAUUCUGCAUGAAACAUGAAUAAAAUAUUUUUUUUUCUGUGUGGUGUAGAGGGUUCUUAUUGCCCUUAUCUUCCAGUAAAUGGAUAGCAAUUCCUCUCUUAGAUCUAAACAUCUUACCCAGUUGAACAUGGGGCAGUGGAAGACUUUGUAAUACUCAUUUAGUAAUACUAUUUCUUCCUUGUUUCAAGACAGUAUCUUAAAAAUGAAUGCCUUAAUAUGGUUAGUGUGGAUAUGGAAUUUCAGAAACAUUAUACAGUUUAGAAAUAUUCAUCUUCUUAAUCUAUGUUUAGGAACCCAUCUGAAUGUGUAAUUUCAGAAAAUCAGGUUCACCUAGUUUUUGCUCAUUCUUGGCCUUGUCUCAGUCUUGUUCAGUAUUGUUAUGGGUCUUGCUUUUUUCUCUUUUUUUCUUUUUUUUUUCCUUUUUUUCCUUCUCUUUUUUUUUUUUUUCUUUUUCGUUUUUAUUUUUUUUUUCUUUAACACUUUUGGAAUUUAUUAAAGCCAGUUAGACAAUUCCAGGAUUUCCAGCUUCAGGAACUGGAGAGUUCUCUUUGGCAUUCUUAAUUUGAAGGUAAGCCUAUGUAUUUGCACAUAAAUACAAAGAAAAUUUAAAAAGAUAAGCAAUAAGUUGCUUCAAAGAGAGAAAAAUUCCAGGAGCUCCAUGUUUAGCCUUGUGCCACCAAGGAAAAAUCUAACAAAACAGCAUAAAAAUCAGAUAAAAUUAGCAAUGAACUAUCAGUAAUGACACUGAUAAUCACUGGAAGUUAGCAAAGACAGUUGUGGUUUCUCCAUUUUCUGAUGUUUCCAAAUCAGGAUGGAACAUUUUUCAGAAAGGUCUCUGUUGUCCAAUACAGCUUAUGGGGCUCAGUUCAAAUGUAGCUAAGUGGCAUCCCCUGUCCAUUGAUUCACCUGUUCCAGUAGUUCCCCUACACAGGUAAAUAUAAUAAUAAAUAUGUAAAAGACUUAAUAAUUUUUUUUUUUCUUAUCUAUAAUGAAAUAUUCUUAUCUAAGAUGGAAGAGCUCUUUGUUGUGAUUUUGAAAUGAAAAUACUGUAAAUAGAGUGGUGUAGAACAAUAUAAUGCAGGAAACCACUGUCAAAUUAAAAAUAUUUAUAUUUCAGAUGAUCAAUAAUUAACAUUUGUUGACUUCAUCUUAUGGUAUUAAGGUAGCAAAUUUAUAUGCUCUGAAAUUCAACACUGUUCUGGAGAUUCUCAAGCCAGGUCUGAGAAAACUUUGCAUUUUGGAUUGCACAGUGAGAAACCCCAGAAUAACAGAAACCUGAGUUCCUUAGUAGCCAAAGGUUUGAGAGAAUGCAAGAGACUUUACCUUGGGUACAGUUAACAUGAUGCCAGAUUUAAAUAACUGCCUCUCCUUUUAGUGAUUUAUUAGAUAUGACCUGCUAAUAUCAUGACCAAACAUUUCCACUGCUCAAUAGGGUUUAAAACAAGAAUUUUAUCCAACUGUUUUAGAAAUCUAAAGCUCAGAAGUUGUGCAAGCAAAAUUGGUAGAACUCUUCAAAAAUACUUGGGUUUGCAAGGUUUUUUCCAAAAUGCCUACAAGACUUUUUCUUCUGUGUUUUUUUAAACAAUUUUCUCAAUUUAAAAAUAUUCCUAACAACAUUACUAAUUUUUUUUUCACUUGUUGAAAAUGUGGUACACCUAAACAGUACAAUCUUAGGAAAUUUUGCAAGCUUCAGCUGGAUUUAAAUUUUGAUUUCAUACCUCUUAGAAUUCAAGCUUUUAAAUUAGGACCUAUUAGUAAAAUAUAAGCACUGGAUAUAAGAGAAUAUAUAUUUUAAGAAGCAAUGAACUAAAAAUGCUGAACUGAUAAAUAGCUUAGAGACAGAGUGCUUCACCUUCCUGGGAGGACAUUAUCAAGUGACAUAAGCUUUCCCCAAUGUGCAUUUCCUGUGAUUUCCUUCUGCCAGGUGUCAUCUCAGACUAAACUAAAGGUUGUAUUCAUCUGGCCCACAUGGUAAAAAAUACCCAUAGGGAACCCUAUAGGGUCAUGGAACUGGAUAAAAUCUUUUAGAAUCCUGUUAGGAAAACUGUACUGAACUGUCCCAGUGUAGGACAUGACUUCUGUAGUAGGAUCUUGCCUGCAAAGAUUUUGCAGUCCUGGGAGCUUUCGGAGGAUGGAGAAAGCUGUUGGCAUGGAAUCUUUGCUUUAGCCAUCAGUUUCUAACAGUAGGUUUCUCAGGAGUUACACUGCAGAAUUCCCUGAGCAUAGAUUGCUCUGGGGACUCCUGGAAGAGAGAAUGGAAAAUCACGUCAAUGGAGGAUUUUCAAUGGGGAAAGAGAUCAUCCAGAUUAAGGUAAAAAGCUAGAAGACUCUUCCAAAAUAGCAAAAGUUUUGUAGAGUUGUAUGUAUGUAUUCAUUAGGUUCUACAGAUUUCAGAAAUGCUGCAUUCAUGUAUAUGAACAUCAUUCUGUGCCUAUUACUGAUCAUAUGAUUAUUUGAUAUGAACAGAAUCACUUAUCUUACUCUUUUAUUGUGCUCUGACCAGUAGAAUAUAGAGAAAAACUGUUGAGUGAUCCAUCAUCAGAGUCCUGACAGACAGCUGUGUUUCAGGUUUCCCAGUGAUGUCCUGGCAAGAGCAUUCUUAUUUUCCUAGAGGUAAGAUGAGUUUAGCUGCCAUGACAUCUGCCUUCUUGGCCUUUAUUAAUCAUAAACUGGUACUUGUAUCAUAGGGCCAAAUCGUGGGGCCAAAUUCUGUCCUCACUGAUAACUGUAGUCUUCACUGCAAUUAGAAGGUAACUGUGGCACAAAAUAAUACUAAGAAUGUUAGGAUGUUUUUGUAAUAGAUAAGCUGAUAAGCUUGAUAAGCUCAACGACCUGAAGAGUACUCACAGGCUGAGAUUUAUGUACUAUAUUGGUACUUCCUUAUAGAAGUUUGAGUGACUGCAGAAAGAGGACCUGUUGAUAGUGUUUCUUUAAUUUUUUUGAAUCUUCCACAGGAUGAUUUUUCAGUUUCUGAACUAUGCAUUUGAGUGCUUUAAAUAGUGUGAUUUCUUUUUGACUUCUUCCAGAGAGGCCAAGCUUGUAGUUCAGGAUUUUACUGUCUCAUUUGGCAUGCUGUAAAUACUUUCCAUUGUCAUCAAAGAAACAGUCAUCCUGAGCAGCUAUCCACAAACAGUGUGUUAUAGAAACUACAGAAACUGGGUAGCAAUCUAAGAUUAUAGCUCUAUUUCCUACAGCUUGGAGCAUCAAUAGUCAGUAUAUUAACAUAGAUACUGCACAGCACCUGAGACUUCUUAGUUGUAAAGCAGUUUUAGGGAUGGAUUGCCUUUAGCAGCUAAUCACUAUAAACUGGAUAAAAGCCAUGUUCUUCUUCUUCUUCUUAUAAGUUUUUUUUCUAUCUGUUAGGAUGAUUUUUUGUGGUGUGGGUAUCUUUUAGAUUUUACAUGUGAGGAUACCAUUUUAUUAUUAACCAAAACAGAACAAGCUCACUGUUCUAUUCUAGACUUCAUAUGUGACAGGAAGAUGAAUAAAUAAAACUGAUUUCUUUCCAGAUAAAAAUAAUACUUUUUUUUCCUCAUUCUAUUCAUUUUUUUAUUUUGUGUUACAGUCUAGUGUGUUUUAGAAGGGCUGUAAAGAACGAAAAUGUUGCAGUGCCAUUGAAACAACAAUAUAAACCUCACUAUAUCUUCCUUUGGGAUUUUCUUUUGAAGUCGUCUUUGGUUUGGUUGGUUUGGGCUUUGUUUAAUCAAAAAAUCGUAUCAGACAAUCAAGGCAGCUUUUCUUGGAUAAGUUUCUAAGGGGCCUGAGUGCUACGGUAGUCAAGUGAAAUGAUCUGUGUAUAUGCUCAUCAGGCAUGUAGCCUGAGCAACACACUUUCAGUUCUGAUGAAAAGGAGACUUGAGAGGGAAAUUUAAGAGAUUUUUAGAGGUCGAGUUCAGAAAAGCUAUGUCAGAUUACAGGGUUUGAAGCCAGUGACACCUGUUGCAAAGGAAGACGCACGCUCCGUGUCAGAUGGGACUGGAGAAGGACUUGGCACAGAGUUGAUGAAAGCACUGCUUCUUGUAGGUGCUCUCAGCAAAGUUGCAAAGGCCCAGGUGAUGACUGACUGUAUGUUCCCCAGGAAUAACAGACCUAUAUAUUUUAAGAAAUAUAUAUGUAUAAUGACACUAUUUUUGGUGGGGGGUAUAUCAGCCUCAAGAACAAGAGCUGCCUCUGACACUGUACUUAGAUAUUACUCUCAGUUGUGAAAGCUUUGCCACAUUUAGAAGUUACAGGAAGCAAAAAUGGAGAAAUAAUACUAUUAUGAUGAUGAUGAAAAAUCAAGACCUGACCACUGGAGAGUUUUUUUCGUAGGAUUAUAGUAUGGUUUUCAACCUUCAUUUAGCUAUUUUGGGGUGGGUUUUUUUCCCUUUCCAAUCAUUUUGAAUUCAGUAUUUGCACUGUUGAACAUUAUUAUUGUUGGUAUGCUUCCCUCUCUGGUCUCCAUAUGAUGGAAAAUCAUCAUAAGAGAGGCCUCUUUGGCUGCUUAACUUCUCUUUGAAGAUGUAGCAAAAUGGUAAAUUCUCUUGCAAUGCUAUUAAUGUUCUAUGUGUACCUAGCAAGUUUCUCAGCCAUAACAGCAUUUAACUCUGAUGUGCAUAUGGCAUUUGCUUUAAUAAAAUCAUAGCUUUGCUUGAAUGGUCACAAAUACAAUCAGCAAUUAUAUAUUUGCUGUCCUUUGAAUUGAAAACAACUUUGCAUUUAUCAUCCUAAAAUAUGUAAAGCAAAAAAAAUGGAAUAUGAAUAUAGUUUAGCUUUUUUUGGGUUUCAGAAUUCAAGUCUUUUGAAUAGUUCUUGAUUAAAUAUGUUAUAAAUGUCUUAAAAGAAUAAGUUAAAUAAAUUCAGGUGCUUUUUCCCCCCUCCACAAUGUAAUUAUGUGUGUAUGUGUGUGUGUGUGUUUCUACUGUGUAUCUGAGAGUAUAAUUUUCUCAAAAACCAAGAUAUGCUAUGAUUAACUUUGUAAAAGUUAUUGUUGUGGGAUGGAGUAUUUAUUUUUAAACUAAAUUCUUAAGGAGACAUUGACUGUAAAUAAAAGACUAUAUUUUCCUCCUCAGUA